AUGGCUUGGGAACACUUGAGCGUCGACAAACCGCACUUGGUCUACAUCAUCCUUGGCGGUUUCACCAGUCUGUUCAUGUUAUGUUCGUCACUCAUCAAAGAAAAACUAUACAUCGGCGAGGCCACCGUCGCCACCAUCUGUGGUAUCAUCUUUGGUCCGCAUGCCGCCAAUCUCAUCGAUCCUACAACAUGGGGAAACGAGGAUAGAAUCACCCUCGAGUUCGCCCGUAUCGUCCUUGUUGUCCAAUGUUUCGCUGUAGGAGUCGAACUGCCAAAGUUUUACAUGGAGCGCCACUGGAGAUCCGUUACCCUUCUCCUUAUUCCCGUCAUGACAUUCGGAUGGCUCAUCUCCAGUCUGUUCAUCUGGGCUCUGAUCCCCCCACUCAACUGGCUGGACAGUCUCUGUGUUGCCGCUUGUAUCACUGCUACUGAUCCCGUCCUUGCUUCCUCGGUUGUUGGUAAAGGAAAGUUCGCCCAGAGAGUCCCCAAGCAUUUGAGAGAUCUGCUCUCUGCCGAAUCCGGCUGUAACGAUGGUAUGGCUUUCCCAUUCAUCUACCUGGCCAUCUACAUCAUUCGCUACCACCACCAUCCCAACGAGGUUGCUCUCGAAUGGUUCUGCGUGUCGAUUCUGUACGAGUGUGUUUUCGGCGCCAUCUAUGGUGUCGUUGUCGGAUACAUUGCCCGCCAUGCUGUCAGAUUUGCCCACGAACGCAACUUGAUUGAUCGUGAAUCUUUCCUGGUCUUCUACUUUGUCCUGGCUUUGUUCUGUGCUGGCUCCGGCUCUAUCUUGGGUAUGGACGACCUGCUUGUCGGAUUCGCCUGUGGAGUCGGCUUCAGCAACGACGGUUGGUUCACAGAGAAAACAGAGGAGUCCCACGUCUCUAACGUUAUUGAUUUGCUUAUCAACUUGGCUUUUUUCGUCUACUUUGGCACAAUCAUUCCCUGGGCUCAGUUCGACUCUUCGGUCAUUGGUCUAAGUGCUUGGAGACUGGUCGUUCUUGCAAUCCUGGUUUUGCUGUUCCGUCGCAUACCUAUCAUGCUUGCACUGAAACCAAUCAUCCCGGAUAUCAAGACUUGGAGAGAGGCGCUUUUCGCUGGGCACUUCGGUCCUAUCGGCGUAGGUGCAAUCUUUGUUGCCAUCCUGGCUAGAGCCGAGCUGGAAACCGAGACCACGACACCGCUUGGCGAGCUACCUGAAGCUGGAUUUGAACAUCUUAAUAUCAUCGAACUCAUCUGGCCCAUCACAACGUUCCUGGUCAUUACUUCGAUUCUUGUUCACGGAUCCUCGAUUGCUGUCUUUACUCUCGGAAAACACAUCAACACUCUCACUCUGACAAUGUCAUACACUCAGGCCAAUGAUUCCUCGUGGAUGGACAGACUUCCUCGUAUCCAGUCGCGUUCCAAGACUUCCAUGUCUCAACAAAGAACUGAUGAUACGGACGAGACUCUCGAAGAGAAGGGCGAAUAUGGCGCUUUCCCUCCCAACUUCCUUCGUCGUCAACGCGAGGAUGAUACUCCUGCUCGCCCUCUGAGUCGACGCCGCUCGCGCAAGUCUCAAUACGGCGCUGGUGGUCCUAUCAGUCAGUCGGCUAUCAGACCUCAACGCACCGACAGCGAAAAGCUUGAGGAGUCUACUUCUCGUAGCGAGUCUGAUGCUUCACCAAAUGCUGGAAAGGACAAACCACCAUUGGGACGUGCCAAGCGCGACGAUGAUGAACCUGAUGAGCCCGGUGAGCCCGAGGGCGAGGUGUACGAGGAAGGUGGCGAGACCGUCUAUGAAGACGAAGAAGGCAAUGUUCUCGCUGUCAGGAAGACUCACCCAGAGGACAACGAUCAACAACGAGAAGAACGCGAACGAGAAGAACUCAAGAAGUUGAUGAGCGAUGAAAAUAUCCAUCACGGUAUCGCCCGUAGAAAGGACGGCCACACUGAAGGCGAAGAAGGCAACGUGAUGCACGAGUUCAAGAAGGCUGGCGAGGAAGGACUGAAUGCUGUUGAACAUCCCCAGAAGGAGUGGCGCAAGAAGAUGGCUCAUCUCGGAGGUCUUCGUAAGAAGGAGGAUCACGGUGACAAGCCCACAGCUAAGAAGCCUGCUACCAAGCGCGGUCCUGCUCGUGCUUACCAAUUCGGCAACACCAUCAUUGUGGAGGACGAAGAUGGCGAGGUCAUCAAGAAGUACAACAUUGACGAACCGCCGAAGAAAUCGAAGCAGCCAAAGGAGGGAGAAACUGGCGCAUCUGGUGAGGGUGGUGGUCUCGCAGGACCUACCAGACGAGGUCUUACUCGCAUGGGAACCGCGCUGAGUAUCACUGGUCGCAAGGCCAACAACGAGACGGAGCAAUCGAAUGCCAGGGAAGAGAAGAGGAGACAGAAGGCCGAGCGAGAAGCCGAGGACGAUGAGCGUCUGCGUUUCACCGUUGGUGCUGGCGGUCAGAGGAUGAGCAAAGCAGAGUUUGUCAGACAGAUCUCAAGUCUCAACGCCAAGCAACGUGCUUCUGUCGUGGAGGAGAGUGAUCUUCCCGAAGCCAUCAAGAGGGAGGCAAGAGAGGCUGCAAAGAAGGGUAACGACGAUGCGACCCCAUCUCGCCUGCAGUCGAUGCCCGAUAACAGACCUGUCAACAUGGGCCGCGCGGAGUCGACGAAGCUCACAGGCGAAUCGCCUGCAGAGACUGGUAAUUCUGGUCUGACCGACAACGCCAAGGUCAAGAGAAUGCCAAGUUCUACAGACGCUCCCUCUGGACCCGAAGGCCUGACUUUGGUCGACUCGAACGAUGAAGUCGUGCCUUUCCACGAUGUAACCGGUGAUCUUCGUCGAUCAAGCGGAGCUGGCGAGACACCAGCCGAGAAACGACGCAGAGAAGCACGCGAGCGCGCCGAGCAAUCACGCCAGGAUACCAUCGAGGAGGACAGUGAAGACGACGGCACCGAGAGAGUUCCACCCCCUCGUCCCCAUCAGGACACCCGCUACGCUUCUGAUGUCGAGUCCGAGACAGCCGCCGAGCGUCGCCGCAGAGAAGGCGCACUUGCAAGAGGCACAGAGAAUAACCCAGAGGCCGACUACUUUAACCGCCCGCGUGAUGUUCGCGUCGCCAGUGGCAGCGCACGUCCUCGCAAAUCCCGCAUCGACUCUGAUACCGAUGGUGAGACUGCUGCAGAGCGAAGACGCAGAGAAGGUGCCCUGGGGCUCACGCAGGAAGACGAAAGCGACAGCGAGGACGAAGAUGAUGCGCCACGCCAACCACCGACCAACAUCAGAUUUGCCGAGCCGCAGAAACCUCAGCAAGCUGCUACAUCUUCUUCGGGCACGACCAGUCGUUUACGCUGGGGUAAGAAUAGGAAAGGAUGA